UAUGUGCUAAAUUUUGGUUUACCUAUUUGGCUCAUCAGUUUUUAAAAAUUGGCGCCACACCAAAUUUAUCGUUUGAGAUCAAAACUAUUGUUGCGGCAUCCCUGGCUGGCCGCUCAGCUGCGCCGCCUGUGCAGCCCUGAUUUUUACACAACAUAAACAUUCGAUUUUGGAGGAGCACUUUCCGGCAGAAUAACAGGUCGUUGGACACGGGAGAUGCUCUGAUAACGGGCGCAUGUGGAGCAGCCAACGCCGGAAUCGCCGCCAUGAAGAUCCUUUCCCGUUUGGGCCGCCUGAUGCGGUACACGGUGGCCUAUGCGGCCAUCACACACUGCACCUUCGAGUACAUCGGUGAUUUCGUCCUGUGCAAAGGACCGUCCAUGGAGCCCACUCUCCACUCGGACAACGUUCUGCUGACCGAGCGCUUGUCGAAGCACUGGCGAACCUACCAGGCCGGCGACAUAGUCAUCGCCAUAUCGCCCAUCAAUGCCGACCAGUUCAUCUGCAAGCGUAUCGUGGCCGUAUCCGGUGAUCAGGUGCUCACCCAGAAGCCCAUUCCCUUGGAGGCGGAGUACAGCGGCAGUGCGGAUGACAAGAAGAAGCCGGUGAUGGUCAAGGACUAUGUGCCGCGCGGAUACGUUUGGAUCGAGGGCGACAACAAGGGCAACAGCUCGGACUCCCGCUACUACGGACCCAUUCCGGUGGGCCUCAUCCGGAGCCGCGUGCUCUGCCGCAUCUGGCCUGUAUCCGAGGCCACGGGGCUAUAAAUGGGAUUCGCAUGAAAAAGAGUUUUAAAUUAACUUGACCCGAUAGCAUGGCCUAUGUUUUGUUUGGAAAUUCAAGUAGAUUGAACAACAACUUUUUAGAACCA